UAAGAUUGUUAAAACGUUACAUGACAAACAUAUCAAAAAGAGAUUAAUUGUGGUCUUGGAACGUUCCUCGCUGGAGGCCGUGAAGGUAAGUGAGGAUGAGGAACUUUUCUUUUGAUCUCCUGCAACGUUUUUUAAUUACUGUGAAAUAUAAUCGUUGUCGGUGUCUACCACAUGAAUUGAAGGCCGGGAAAAGUUACGAGCUGCUGAACUGCGAUCGACAUAAGCACCUUAUGAAGAAAUUCAACAAAGAUCCCUCACAGUGUCGUCCAGAUAUAACACAUCAGUGCCUGCUGAUGUUGUUUGACAGUCCCCUUAACAGAGCGGGUCUACUUCAGGUCUUUGUCCACACAGAGAAGAACGUUCUGAUUCAGAUCAAUCCACAGACUAGAGUACCCAGGACCUUUGACCGGUUCUGUGGCCUUAUGGUGCAACUCUUACACAAGCUCAGCAUCAGUGCGUCGGACGGUCCCCAGAAACUCCUCAAGGUGAUCAAGAACCCUGUGUCUGAUCAUCUUCCAGCUGGCUGUAAGAAGAUUGGAACAUCCUUCAGUGCUACAAAGUGCAUCAAUCCAAGGGAGCUUGCUGAUACAGAAGAACCAGUUGUUGUGGUCAUCGGGGCAAUGGCUCAUGGCAAAGUGGAUACAGACUACGUUGAGGAAGAAGUGUCUAUCAGCAAGUACCCGCUGUCUGCUGCCCUCACCUGUGCCAAGAUCUGCUCUGGAUUUGAAGAAGCCUGGGGAAUCGUAUGACCUAACCUCCAUUCAGUGAUUUCCUAGGAUCCUUCGUCACUCUUGACAAUACCCUAUACCAUAUGGUAACUCAAUGCCUCAACUAUUGGACUCUGAAUAUGGUUGUAUGCCUGAUUUCAUGAGUGGUUUUCUAGGAUCCUUCCUCACUCUAACAAAACCCAACACUAUACAGUAAAGCAACAUCCAAACUGUUGGACUCUGAAUAUGGUGAGUGAUUUACUAGGAUUCUUCCUCAUCACUCUUAACAAAAUCCAACACCAUACAGUAAAUCAACAUCCAAAUUAUUGGACUCUGAAUAUGGUUGUAUGCCUGAUUUCAUGAGUGGUUUUCUAGGAUCCUUCCUCACUCUUACAAAACCCAACACUAUGCAGUAAAGCAACAUCCAAACUGUUGGACUCUGAAUAUGGUGAGUGAUUUACUAGGAUUCUUCCUCAUCACUCUUAACAAAAUCCAACUCCAUACAGUAAAUCAACAUCCAAAUUAUUGGACUCUGAAUAUGGUUGUAUGCCUGAUUUCAUGAGUGGUUUUCUAGGAUCCUUCCUCACUCUAACAAAACCCAACACCAUAAUGGUAACUCCACACUCAGAACUAUACUCUGAUCAUGGUGGUAUGACUGACUCCUAUGACUGAUUCCCAUGCUGCCCUUAGUCCAACAGAACCAUACAAAAACAACAGUUGGAUUUUGAUGGAUUUGUGUUGUUUGUGGUUAAUAAAUCUGCACUGAUUGAAUAUUAUAUUAACUGUUAUUUAUGUAAUUUUACUUUACUCUUAAACCUGACAAAAAAAAACACCUGUAGAAGCCGCCCUCAGGUCGACCAUGUUAUGACAUAAAAACAAGUUAAUGCUGCACCUAAACUAAAACAGUUGGGAUCUUGUUAGUCACUGAUUGUGUAAGACCCGAAAUAUGAUGAUGUUAAGAUGAAUAAACAUCGGUCACUGUCAGAAAAAAAUAACAGUCUUCAAGAGAGACUUUUGGACCUAGGCUCAAUUUCAUAAGCCUGUAAGCAAGAGAAUGUACUAAGCACAUAAAAAUCUUGCUCAGCAGAAACUGGGGACCAGCCAAAAUUCCAUAAGUUUUACCUUGUUGCGACUGGUACCCCACUCAUU